AUGGCACGAGAGGGCACACGAUCAGCCACCGGCAGCUCCAGACCGCGCGUCUUCCAGCAGGUCGACACGGCCCCUACUAUCAAGAGGAAGCCUGCGACCAAGAAGGCCGGCGCGAAGCCCACUGGUGUCACAAAGAAGACGGCUGCGCCUAAGAAGGAGAGCACUGUCGCCAAGAAGGUCAAGGCCGCUGUCAAGAAGACCGAGGCCAAGGUCAAGAAGGCCGUCAAGAAGACUGAGACAAAGCCAAAGACCAAGAAGGCUACCGUUGCCAAGUAA